UAAAAGUCCUUCCAGUUGUGUCCGGUUGACCCGGAAGUUUUCCUCACCUCAUUCUAUUGUCAACAUGGCGGUGAAUCUAACUGAAUUGUCUCUUCCACAAUUAGAAGGGUUGAAAACUCAGCUUGAUCAGGAAACAGAGUUCCUGUCAUCAUCCAUAGCUCAGUUGAAAGUUGUCCAAACUAAAUAUGUGGAGGCCAAAGACAGUUUGAAUGUACUUAAUAAGAGCAACGAAGGAAAAGAACUACUUGUACCUCUCACCAGUUCUAUGUAUGUGCCUGGAAAACUGAAUGAUGUGGAUCAUGUCUUAGUGGAUGUCGGAACAGGUUAUUUUGUGGAGAAGAAAGUAGAGGAUGGCAAAGAGUUCUUUAAGCGCAAAAUUGACUUCCUUACAAAACAAAUUGAGAAAAUUCAGCCUGCCCUUCAAGAAAAACAUGCUAUGAAACAAGCUGUAGUGGAAGUCAUGAAUAUGAAGCUUCAGCAGCUUCACAGCCAACAGGCAUCACAGUCUGGCACCACCAAAGCCUAAAAACACUUCCAAGCAGCAUGGCAGAAAAUUGUGGGGAGGUCCUGAACAUUUACCUUUCAGAUGGAGCCAUUCUAAAUCCUUGAAAUGGAGAACCACUGCUCAGAUCUCCUUGGGGGGGGGGAAAGAAAGUCCAGCACUUUUUUCCUGCAUCAAACAACUAAUCCGCUGGAAUUCACAUCUUUGGAGGAGAUUUACUUUGUGGCACAACAUAGCUUUGUGGCAAACAUUUGGCAUGGAUUUUUUUUAAAUACAGCAAAUAUUUUGACAGUAAACAUUUACAUCUGAAAUUGGCUAAAGAAAAUAUCCUUGUUUUUCUAAAAGUGAGUUUAAAGAAAUGUACAAGUAUCUGCAUUUCAUUACUUGUAUUUUCAUGUGUCAAAACAAUAAAAGGAAUAGCUUGAUUUAUUGUCCCAAACAGUUACUAGUCCAUGUUACAGAGAGCAGAAACGUUAUGACUACAGUAAAAUGUACAAUUUUCCACCCAUGCUGAAAAAAAUUAAAAGUUGACAUUUAAAACCUGA